AUGAAUUUCUUGAUUUUUUUUCUUUCUUUUUUUUCUUCUUCUUCUUUUCUUCUUUUCUUUUAUUAUUUCUUUUAUUUUUAUUUCUUCUUCAAUUUCUUUAUUCUUCUUUUUUUCUUUUUUCUUCUUUUCGUUUUUUUUUUUUUUUUUCUUUUUCUUUCUUUUUUUUCUUCAUAUGUUUCUUCUUCUUUUUUCAAAAUCUCUUCUUCUUUUUCUUUAUUCUUUUCAAUUAAUUUUUCUUUCUUCUUCUUUUCUUCUUCUUCUUUUUUUUGCCUUUUUUUCUUCUUCUUCUUUUUUUCUUCAAAUUUUUCUUUUUUUCUUCUUUUUUCUUUUCUUUUUUUCUUCUUCUCUUUAUUUUUUUUUCUUUUUUAUUUCUUCUUCUUUUUUCCUUUUUCUUCUUCUUCUUUUCUUUAUUUCUUCUUCGUUUUUGUCUUUUCUUUUGCCCCAAAAAUUUCGUAUUUUUUCUUUUUCUUCUUUCUUCGUUUUUCUUUUCUUCAUAUUUCUUCUUCUUUUUUUCUUUUUUUCUUUCUUCUUCUUCGUUUUUCUUCUUCUUAUUUUUCUUCUUUUCUUUUUUUUUUUUUUCUUCUUCUUUUCUUUUUGAAUUUCUUCUUCUUCUUUUCGUAUUCUUCUUCGUUUUCUUCUUCUUUUUUUUGUUUUUUUCUUUUUCUUCUUUUUUUCCUUUCUUCUUCAUGUCUUUCUUCUUUUAAUUUCUUCUUUUCUUUUUCUUCUUCGUUUUUCUUCUUUUUCUUCUUCUUUUUUCAUUUCGUUUUUCUUCUUUUGUCUUUUUUUUUUUCUUUCUUCUUCUUCUUUGAUUUUUACUUCUUUCUUUCAUUUUUCUUCUUCUUUUUUCUUCUUCAAUUUUUUCUUCGUUUUUCUUUUUUUUCUGUCUUCUUCUUUUCUUGUGUUUUUUCUUUUUUUUCUUUGUUUUUUUUUUUAUUAUUUCUUUUUCUUCUUUUUCUUUUUUUUUUCUUUUUUUUUCUUCUUUUUUUCUUCUUGUUCUUCUUUUUCUUCGUAUGA